AUGCUUCUGGCCAAUGGCACGACCGUGCGAGCGUUCGUCCUUUCCGGCCUGACCAGCAACCAUGGCAUCGAACUGGCCCUCUUCGUCUUCUUCACGGCCGUCUAUGCCUCGGUCCUCCUCGGCAACACGCUCAUCGUGAUCACGAUCAUCUACGACCGCACCCUCCACACCCCCAUGUAUUUCUUCCUCAGCAACCUCUCCUUCAUCGACGUCUGCCACUCUUCUGUGGUCCUGCCCAAGAUGCUGGCCGACCUCCUCGCGGGGACGAAGGCCAUCUCCUUCGGAGAAUGCAUCGCUCAGAUGUUCUUCUUGCACCUCUUCGCCUGCACAGAGAUCUUCCUCCUCACCGUCAUGGCGUUCGACCGCUUCGCCGCCAUAUGCCGCCCCCUUCAUUACACCACCAUCAUGAGCCGGUGGGUGUGCCUGCAGCUGGCUGCAGCCAUGUGGCUGGGAGGGCUCCUUCACUCCGUUGCCUUGACCGCUCUGACGCUCACCGUGCCCUACUGCGGCCCCAACGCCAUCGACAACUUCUUCUGCGACGUGCCCCUGGUCAUCAAGCUCGCCUGUGCCGACACCUACGUCUUCGAAAUCCUCAUCGUCUCUAAUUCGGGGGUGAUCUCCGUGGUCUGCUUUAUCGUUCUGGUAAUCUCCUACAUCGUCAUCCUCAUGUCCUUGAGGAAACGCAUCUCCGAAGGACGGCGGAAGGCUCUGUCCACCUGCGCUGCUCACCUGACCGUGGUGACCUUCUUCCUGGGGCACUGCAUCUUCAUCUACCUCCGGCCGGCCAAGAGUCUGGCUGCUGACAAGGUUGUUUCCAUUUUCUUCACGGCCGUCACGCCACUGCUCAACCCAGUCAUCUACACCCUGCGGAACGAGGACAUGCUGAACGCCUUGAACAAGCUGCGAGGUCGGCAGGUCCAUUUGGGAGACAAAGGACAUUAG